CAAAAGCCUGAGUGUUGUAGAGACUGACAGCUCCAGUGGAUUGAUCCUUCCGUCCCGUGUCCUCCCAGGAUGAUGCAGGGAAGCGGCUGAGGGGCAACCCACCUUCUGCCGGCAACACCUCCUUCUCACAGCCCCCGCAUAGGCACGGAUCCCUACCAUGAAGAUGGAGCCAAAUUUGCUGAUCUGGGGGUUACUGACAUUCAUCAUCAAACCUGGCUGUCUGACAGAGAUUUGUGACGAUAAUCCGCCAGAAGUCAAAUACGCCACAUUCAAAGCCUCUGCCUACAAGCACGGCACCAUGUUAAACUGUGAAUGCAAGGAACGUUUCCGCAGAAAAAAUGGGUCCCCGUUCGUGAUUUGUGCAGGAAACCCUAGCCACCCUUCCUGGGAUGACAAGUGUCAAUGUGAAAGCAUGUCCCCAGAAAACUCAAAAAUACAAGUUACACCUCAACCUAAAGAACAGAAAAGAAGAAAAACUACAGAAAUGCAAAGUCACAAGCAGCCCAUGGACCAAGUAAAUCUUCUAGGUCACUGCAAGGACCAUCCACCAUGGGAACAUGAAGGUGCAAAGAGAAUUUAUCACUUCGUGGUGGGGCAGACAGUUCACUACCAGUGCAUACAGGGAUACAGGCCCCUACGGAGAGUUCUUGCCAAGAGCGUCUGUGAAAUGACUUGUGGGAAGACAAGGUGGACCCAGCCCCGGCUCAAAUGCAUAAAUGCAUCUGAGCACAGUCCAUUUCCAGAUGUAGAAGAGUCUCAAGAAAACCUGGAUGCUCCUGCAGAGAGUGAGACUUCCUGCCCCUUCACAACAACAGAUCUUCCAAAAUCUACAGAAGUUGUUACAACCAUGGAGCCAUUCGUGUUUACAACAGAGUAUCAGGUAGCAGUGGCUGGCUGCGUCCUCCUGCUGAUCUGCGUCCUCCUUCUCAGUGGGCUCACCUGGCAGCAAAGAUGGAGGAAGACAAGAAGCUCCAUCUAGAGAACCAAAAGUGGUAAGAAACCAAGAACGACCAAUGGAAGUCAUGAAGCACAAGCAAAAACAAAGAUGUAAAACACUCAUCCACACGUUCCCAUGUGAUGCUGAUA